AUGCCAAGUCUUACUCUGCCCCAAGUACCUCACUACCAGCCGGCUCUUCCGACUCACGAGGAUCUGCCUUAUGCAGACUUGGCUGUCAUUGACUUAUCCAAGGCCCACACACUUGAAGGCCGAACAGAACUCGCUGCGGAGCUUAAGAACGCCCUGCUCACGCAUGGCUUCUUUUAUGUAGUCAACCACGGGUUUUCUCACAAACAGACCGAACGCAUGUUUGACAUAGCCGAUGUGCCGAUUGCCUGUGUAAGCGACGAAGAAAAACUGGCUUUAGAGGGAAACCCUCGUGAUACAGGAGUAUACUCAGGCUACAAGCUUCGACAAUACUGGCAUCUUGAUGCUGGCGUUCGCGAUCAACAGGAGCAUUAUAACAUUACUAGACACGUAAAUGACUCCAGGCAACCUGAAGUUCUGGUUCCAUACCUCCCGGAGGUUCAAGCCCUCAUUGAACACAUGCAUUUCAGUAUUCUUCACCCGACGUUGAGAAUAAUGGCGUUAAGUCUUGAGCUCCCAGAGGAAACUCUUGUGAAACUUCAUGACUAUGAUGGUCCCAAUGGAACCUGGUUGAGGUUUCAAAAAUAUUUCCCUCGCACUGAGGACGACGAAGUCAAGACCAAAAAUGUCUGGAUGAAGGGGCACACGGAUAUUGGCACCUUGUCCUUCCUCUGGAGCCAACCUGUGGCUGCAUUGCAGAUUCUGACCGCAGACGAAUGGCACUGGGUCCGGUACAUUGAAAAUGCCUUGAUUGUCAACACUGGAGACGCACUCGAAUUCCUGACGGGAGGCCUAUACAAGGCGACCAUCCAUCGUGUCGUUCAGCCUCCCAUCGACCAGCGGGGUUACACGCGGCUUGGGAUAAACUACUUCUGCUAUGCGAACAGGGACGUCAAGCUAGCUCCUCUCAUGGAGAGCCCAGUUCUUCGGCGGACGAUGCUCCAGCUGAAGUGCGACCCUUCCGUGGCUCCAACAAUGAGAGAGUGGGCUGUCGGCCGAAUCAUGACUUACGGAGGUACCAAGACCGAGUUGAGGCAAGGCAAGGAUGAG